AUCGCCAUGCGGAAAUAUCUUCUGAAGCUCCUCGCUCUCUUCUUGUGUUGGUGGCGUUGGUGGAAAUAUUAUGAUAGCAAUUUGACAGAGUGUUACAGUCUCAAUGCUAUGGGCUCGAAAACGGCCUACGUGAAUAAUGGUCUAGCAUCAUCUCGAGAGCCUUACAAAACUGAUCGCCUUGCGCAUGUGAAUAUGCUGUUUCGGCACGGAACCAGAUCACCAGACGACAAGUUUAUAAAACAGAUGGAGAAGUUGGCAGAACGCUUUAAGUCUCGCAAAGAAUUAUCUGAUUUUAAAUUCACCUUCAACUGCCGCGGUUCGGAAUCAAAGCAACUAUUGCCAACUGGUGUACGGGAAUUGGAAGAUCUUGGACUCCGUUGGCGCGACCGUAUCCCUGAAAGUUUUCACCAACCGUCCGACGUGGAGGUCUAUGUUAGUCCCACACCGCGAACUCGUGACAGUGCAAGGGCUUUCAUCAGCAAAGUACGCGAUCUCCAUUUUGCAGCCUUACUAUUUAUGUAUUUAAAUAUUAAGCUAGGUUCCUCUUCCUUCAAGCCUUACCGCGAGGCAUGUAAUAUCCCAGUCAAGGUCUGUGCCGCCUGA